CAGUCCCAGCCCAGCACCAGCCCGACUCGGAGUCAUGGCGUCAAGCCCGUGCCCAACGUCCCCGCUGCUCGUGCGGGCGUCCGAGUUCGGCCUCCGGACCCGCUGCAAGCUGGAAAUCUACUUCCAGAGCCGGGCCUCGGGCGGCGGGGAGUGCACCGUCCGGCCGGUCGAGAGCGGCGCCCCGGGCACCUUCCGCGUGGAGUUCAGAGAAAGGGAAGCUAAGGAGAGAGUCUUGAAAAAAGAAAAUCACCAAAUAUCUAUUGAUGGAAAAUCUGUGACUAUUUCCCUGGAACCCACUGAAAAUCGAGUAGAGAACACAAGAACCAGAAUUUCUUCACUGACAGAGUCACAAGCAGGUGCAGAGUCUGAUGGGAAGUAUUCUAAUGAAAGAUAUGUUCCUACCGCUAUGGAUUCCUAUGUCCAAAAGAUCUUUCUUACUGUCACAGCUGAUCUGAACUGUAACCUGUUCUCCAAAGAGCAGAGGGCACAUGUAACUACUCUCUGCCCCAAUGUCAGAAAAAUGGAGGGCCACAAUGGAAUUGAGAAGGUGUGUGGUGACUUCCAAGAUAUUGAAAAAAUAUAUCACUUCUUGAGUGACAUGUUCCUAGAAAGUGAGCAGAAACAUGAAUCAAAAAUGGAAAGGAAGAAGGCACUCAAGGAGCAAGAUUGGAACAGCUAUGUUUCUCCUGAACCAGAAACCAAGUCAGAAGAAAAAGGCAACUGUUUUGAAGUUCCCUUGCCUUUGUUUGAAUACUUCAAAUUUACCCAUCCUGAUAAAAUAGACUCAAUAGAGAAAAGAUUCGAUAUAAACAUCAAAAUCCAGGAGACUUCUCCAAAUGUGGUCUCUAUAGGCUUCCCCAAAAGUGGAUCAGGCAACCUAGAAGCAGCUCGUGAGUCUUUUGUUAGUGAAUUCCAGAAGAACAUAGAAGGUCUGAAGCAAGAAUGUUUCUCUUUAGCAGACAGUAAACAGGCAAAUAAAAUCAAACAGAAAUUGAAUCUCCAGUUUACAAAACUCCUUAUUAAGGAGAAAGGAAAAGAAUUAACUCUCCUUGGGAGCCAAAAUGACAUUUCAGCUGCCAAACAAAAAAUCUCAGAAGCUCUUGUCAAGGCACCUAUGACAAUAUUGACUAAAGGUUGCAUGACCGAUGGAAUUGAAGUUGACACUGAUCGCUUUAAGCUUUUAGAAGCUGAAUUACUCAAGGAGAUAUCAGAGAUAGAGAAAAGGUAUGACAUUAGAAGUAAGGUUUUAGGAAAAAAGCAAAAAACCUGCAUUCUAUUUGAACCUAAGGAUCAGCAGGUAGAUCUAUCUGUGCAUGCUUAUGCAAGUUUCAUCGAUGCCUUUCAGUAUGCCUCGUGUCAGCUGAUGAGAGAAGUUCUUUCACUGAAACUGUUGGACAAGGAGAGAAAGCACUUAUAUGGGACCAAGUUUGCUGAUGAUUUUAGAACAAAGUAUCCAAAUAUACACCUUGUGCAAAGAAAAGAGUCCAAUAUACACCUUGUGACUUUGACUGGUUUGCCAAAUCACCUUGCAAAGGCAAAACAGUAUAUCUUAAAAGAAGGGGGAAUGUCUCCAGUGGCUGGAGAGAGAUUGAAGGAGGAUCACGAAACAUCCAUGGACAUUGAUAGUAAUGAUUCAAAAGCAGAUUCCCUCUCAUUCAAGGACUCUGUGAGUUCUGAGGCUUCAGAAGUACACAAGAAGGAAAAGGACAUCUGCGUCAUCUGUAUGGACACCAUGAAGAACAAACAAGUGCUACCAAAGUGCAAGCAUGAAUUCUGUGCCGCUUGUAUCAACAAAGCCAUGUCAUAUAAGCCAAUCUGCCCUUCAUGUCAGACUUCAUAUGGUAUCCAGAAAGGAAAUCAGCCAGAUGGAAACAUGUUCGUCGCUAGGUCACCACAGUCACUUCCAGGCUAUGAAUCCUGUGGCUCCAUUGUGAUUACUUAUGUUAUGAACACAGGUGUACAAACAAAAGAGCACCCACACCCAGGAAAGAGAUAUUCUGGGAUACAGCGAACUGCAUAUUUGCCUGAUAAUGAGGAAGGAAAGGAUGUUUUACGACUGCUUCAAAUGGCCUUUGACCAAAAGCUGAUUUUCACAAUAGGGUACUCUCGCACAUUAGGAGUCUCGGAUGUCAUCACAUGGAAUGAUAUUCACCACAAAACAUCCCGAUUUGGAGGACCAGAAAAGUUUGGCUACCCUGAUCCUACUUACCUGAAACGUGUCAAAGAGGAGCUGAAAGCUAAAGGAAUUGAGUAAGAAAACUACUGGAAGAAUGUCUUCACCCAAGCUGUCAAAAAGUAGAUUUUAGGAGGUUGACUUAACGCCAAUGUAAAUCCUUUUAUAAAUUUUUAUCUUUAUCUAAGAGUAGGUUUAGCUAGUCUUUCAUUUCUAGAGUGAUAUUUUUGAUGGAAAGCAAAACCCCAAAGGUCUCUAUAAUUUUGCUGCAGAAGUGUCAUUUCUCAUUCUUAUGUCAUCUUCAGGGCUGAAGGUGAGUCUGAAAUCAUCAUCCAUGUUGUUCAGUUGGACUACUCACUAUCUCUGGAGUGGAUCUUUAGUUUUUCUUUUUCCCUUUAAUUUCCACCUGUGAAAGUGAAAUUCUAAUGCACAUUACAGGAGGGGGUAGGAGGGCUUUGGUUACAGAAAAUUAGAGACCCAUACUCCCCUCCAUUCCCCAUGGUAAGAAAAGUGGUCAGGAGCAGAGACCGGGCUACCUUUGGUAAUAAAUAGCAUUAAGGCUAUUAUUUUUAAUGACACAGAGCCUGGUAUACAGUUGGUGCCUGCCUUAGUCCUUUGUGUUCUUAAAAGGAGUACCUGAGGCAAGGUAGUUUGUAAAGAGAAAAGGUUUAUUUGGCUCACACUUCUGCUGGCUGGAAGAAUGGGCAUCUGGUGAAGGCUCAGGCCACUUCCAUUCUUAGGGAAAGCAGAGAGGAAGCAAGACAGCAAGGGAGAGGUGCCAUGCUCUUAGUAACUUAACCAGUUCUGGUGGGAACUGACAAAGCAAGAAUUCACUCAUUACCACUUAGGAGGACAGCACCAAGCUUUUCAUGGAGGAUCUGCACUCAUGACCCAGAUACUUCCUAUUAGGCUCCACUGCCAACAUUGGAGAUCAGAUUACAACAUGAGAUUUGGAGGGAGUCAAACAAACCAAACUAUAGCAGUGCUUAAUAAAUUUGUGUUACCUGACUGAGGUUGCCAGUGACCCAGCCGUGGUAGGGAUAUAUGCUUUCAAAAUUUUCAGCAGAUUCAGGAGUAAGGAAUCCAUUUCUGGAGUCCUCACCACUAAUUUGGAAAAUUUAGGAUUUUUUUGUUUUUAAGAGACAACGUUUCUUGAUGUCCAGGCUGGACUUGAAGUCCUGUGCUCAAUCUUCCCACGUCAGCCUCCCAAGUAGUUGAAACUAUAAGCAGGAACCACCAUGCCCAGCUUAUGAGUUUCUUUUUUUAAUUUUUUUGUAGAGACAGAGUUUCACUUUAUGGCCCUCGGUAGAGUGCCAUGGCCUCACACAGCUCACAGCAACCUCCAACUCCUGGGCUUAAGCGAUUCUCUUGCCUCAGCCUCCCGAGUAGCCGGGACUACAGGCACCCGCCACAACGCCCGGCUAUUUUUUUUGUUGUUGCAGUUCGACCUGGGCCGGGUCCGAACCUGCCACCCUCGGUAUAUGGGGCCCGCACCCUACCAACUGAGCCACACGCGCCGCCCAGCUGAUGAGUUUCUUACUCUGGAACACUUGGUGCCUGAACUCUGACCAGGCUCCGAACAUGUAUCUUUGCUCCCUGUUCCUUAUAACCUGCCAUGUUGGAUGCAUUUGCCCUACCACAGUAACACUACAUGUUCCUGAACAUUGCUUUCCUCUGGAUGUUUUUGACUACGUCCUGCUUCCAGGUUUAAGAGAUAAAUAACCCUACUUUCAUAACUGUCUUCUGUCAUUUUAUAGUAACUCUAGUACCCAUUCUAUUAGUUUUUUCAUCCCACCAGUUGAUGUUUUGUCCUUAAAAUCUAUCUCCCUGACACUCUCUCUAGAAAGAAAAAAGGCGAGAGUUAAGCCUACUAUAAGAAAUAUAUAAUGUAUCAAAUUUUACUUUUAAAUGGUUCUCCAAGUAAGAUAAAAGUCGUAAUAGCAAAUUAUCUGAUUAUCCAUGUUCUAGCCUCUCUCCAAAAAUGGCAAACAAGAUGUCAUCUUAUUUUCCUAAAGAUACACAUACACAAACAUAAUUUUUUUGGUCAGAUAAUAAUAGGUAACACGUACACUGUACUUUGUCCCUUUUAUAAGAGCUUUACAUAUGUACUGAUACAACUACUGUCCCCAUUUUAUAACUGGGAGAACUGGUGCACAGAGAGCAUAAAGAACUUGCCAAAGGUCACACAGUAAACAAACAAAUGCUGCAAUUUGAACCAAGUAGUCUGGCUCCAGGGCUUCUUCACGCCAGAGUGGUAAUACCUCCUGCAGGCACUUCUCCAUGGAGGAAGCUAAAGAGAUCCCUUUAUUAUGAGCUUCACCCCAGAGUGGUAUUACCUCCUACAGGUACUUCUCCAUGGAGGAAGCUAAAGAGAUCCCUUUAUUAUGAGCUUGUCUCAGAAAUGGAUUCUACAGAGUACUCGCACUCAAAGCAAAGUUUCCACCAAGGAAGACCUUUUUGAACAACUUUAAAAGGCAGAAUCUUUUUUUUUUUUCCUUUUGUCCAGAGAGUUGAGGAAGCUUAAGCUAAGUGAUAUGUCUUUUUAAAUAGAAAUCAUAUUAUACAUUUAAUUUUUGUUGACUGAUUAGAUGACUUACUAUUAUACUUGAUUAUUUUCUAUCUACUAAUCUUUUGUCUCAAUUUGCUGCAAAGAAGCAAAUUUUGGUUUUUACUAAAUUGUGGAUCCUAGAUUAUAGUGUAUAUGUACAUGCAAAUUCUAUGGUGAGCGUGGUUGUUAAGCAUUUGGAUUACUGCUUUUGCUCUUUGGGAAGGUGUUAUUAUCUGCAUCUGCUUUAAAUAAAGUUAAACCCAAACUUGGA